UAACGAUGAAGCACAUUACCGCCUCACCGCCUUCGACCUCCGAGGCUUGCUAGCUCCCGCAACAUUCAAUGGAGAGCUGGGAUACGUGGCUCAGCGCGGCGCUCUCUACUCUCUCUACGAGGAAUCUUCUUCGCUCUACCCGGCCAAUAGACCUUUCGAGCUCUGGCGACGUCUCCAUCGAGUUUGAGACCUUCGACGGUCCACGCCGCUGGGACCGGGAGUCGGUGGAAGUCGAGCUCGAGAAGGAAACUUUCCGGCAUUGGCUCUGCGAUCUCCCUUUACCCUGGGGAGGCAAGGACAAAAACGAGGAUAUAAGUGUUGGUGGGAAGAUGCUUCUCUUUUCUGGGAACGAUUAUUUAGGUUUAAGCAGUCACCCAGCGGUUCGAAAGGCUGCAGCAAUGGCAGCCAGACAGCAUGGCAUGGGUCCGAGGGGAUCUGCUUUGAUCUGCGGGUAUACAAACUAUCACCACCUGCUGGAAGCUUCAUUGGCGGAAUUGAAGAAAAAGGAGGAUUGCCUUCUUUGUCCUACUGGAUUUGCUGCAAACAUGGCGUUUAUAUCAGCUUUAGGAAGUGUCAGUUCUCUUUUGGUUGCCGGUGGAAAACCUUCUAAAGAAGAAAGAAUUGCCAUUUUUUCUGAUGCCUUGAACCAUGCAUCAAUAAUUGAUGGCAUUUGUCUUGCCAAACAACUUCAGGAAGUAGAAGUUUUUAUUUAUAGGCACUGCGACAUGGAACAUCUCAAUACCUUGCUGUCCUGCUGCAAUAUAAACAAAAAAGUCGUCAUAACAGACAGCCUUUUCAGUAUGGAUGGUGAUUUCGCUCCAGUAAGGGAACUUGUUCAUCUGCGCAAAAAGCAUGGGUUUCUACUGGUGUUUGAUGAUGCUCAUGCAACUCUUGUAUGUGGGGAGGGUGGUGGUGGUGUUCCAGAAAUGUAUGACUGCGAAAAUGAUAUUGAUAUAUGUUUGGGUACCCUGAGCAAAGCUGCAGGUUGCCAUGGUGGUUUCAUUGCUUGCAGCAAGAAGUGGAAACAGCUAAUACAAUCAAGGGGCCGCUCAUUCAUAUUUUCAACUUCUUUUCCAGUUCCCGUUGCUGCUGCUUCCCAAGCUGCUCUUUUUGUGGCCAAAGAAGAGAAAUGGCGCCGGGAAGCCAUUUGGCAUCGAGUGCAUGACUUUUGUUCGUUAACUGGAUUUUUGAUCACGAGUCCUAUAAUUUCUAUUGUCGUUGGAAGUGAAGAAUCAGCUCUGCUGGCUAGCAGGCAUAUGUUGGUAUCAGGUUUCCAUAUUACCGCAAUCAGGCCUCCUACAGUUCCUCCCAAUUUGUGCAGAUUACGGAUAACACUCAGCGCUGCGCAUACAUUUGAUGAUAUCAGGAUGCUCGUAGCUGCAUUGUCUCAAUGCAUCAAGUUGCCCAUUGUUGGUAGGGAGAAUGACCCGCCAACUUCAAAGCUCUAGAUUUGAUCAGACUCACCAUUUUUUUCCACCUCUCUUGACUGUAUCGGGGAAGAUUGGUAAUUUAUUUUCUAUCAAAAUUAAUUAAAAUAUUAACAAUGUAUUAACAUUUGUUCGGCUGCCCUGCUUAUUAACAAAUGCAGUAGAUUUAUUUUU